AUGCCGGCCUCCCGAUCAGCAACCACGAGCCCUCCCUAUACCGAGCACCCACCGAGAACAAAGGUAGCCAAGGAUGGUGCCAUCUUUCGUCCCGGACCCGUUCGAGGGCAGGUUCGAUAUCCUCCUCAUGAGGAACGGACCAGGUUCCUGGAAGAGGAACACAGAAAAGCGGAUUUGAAACCCUACGGCAACAUUGCUGAUUUCCCACGCCAUAUCCCAUACCAGAGCGACAAGAAAACUUUCCGAGAAAGAACUGGCCGGGAUAGCUUUCAUUUGUUUCAGUACACCUUCCAGAGAAAGGACGUUGACCCGGAGCCGUGGACGGUGACUUGGGACUACAAUAUCGGACUGGUUCGCACCACUCAUUUGUUCAAGUGUCUCGGCUACUCCAAGACAACCCCCGGAAAGGUACUUAAUAACAACAACGGUCUACGCGAAAUCAGUCACAGCAUCACUGGUGGGGCGCUUGCGGCUCAAGGCUACUGGAUGCCCUUCGAAGCCGCCAAAGCAAUCGCCGCCACCUUUUGCUGGGAUAUUCGCUUCCUUCUUACGCCUCUCUUCGGCCUCGACUUCCCGGAACUGUGCAUUCCCCCCACAAACCGAAUCAGCUUUCGUCGGAUGAUCAUCGAUCCCACCAUUGUCAACGAAGCAGCCGAAACCGCACGGCGCUAUCGGCUACUCGAGCCCCGAUCUUACGACGAGAUGUCUACCACCUCGUUCCAUUCCCAGCCAACCGGGAAGCAGAUAGACUAUCCUUCCCGAGAUAUGCGAGCUUCCCAGAUGCAGCAGUCCAAGUUUGCCAGACGCAGCUAUGCGGAUAGUAUCAGUAGCGCCCGGGGCUCAUCCUCCGAGCCCUACUGUGGUUCACCCCAGAGUCCCACGUACGGAGGCUUCCUCCCUAUCAACAGACCUCCCAGCUCGCAUCCGGUAUCUCGCACCCCGUACGACUUUCUCAAUGAGGCUUCCGAGCGCCGGAAGAGAGUCAUGAGAACUGCAGCCGAGGCAAGUGACUCGGAGACGGAGUUCUCUUCAACGUCACGCUUGGACAUUCGCUCUAAGCCCAUCGUCCCGAUUCGCUGGGGAAGCGAGCGUGCCUCUGCCGAUGGGGAUUCGGAGCCCGACAAAUCAGAGCUGACAUCUUCCGAUGAUGAGUCCCUGUCUGAAGAUGAAGGGGACGAAGAAUAUCGCGAGCCAAGACAUCCUUCAAGCAGUGGCCUUGCUCGUAAGGCCGGACUCAAGAAGAAUCCUUCCCGCUCCGCGAAGACCAAGAAAGGAGAUGAAACGGCUCGUCCCGGCCGCUUUGCCAAGGAAGUCAAGGCUGCUCAUGCUUUGCUUCAUAUGCAUAUGCAACGCGCUUCGUCCAAGGAUGAAGAUGGUGAUGAGAUCAUGGAGGAGUCCACCCUUGGCCCUCUAUUGGGACGGACCGGGGCGGCAGACAAGAAAAAACGUCGUGCUUCCCUGUGA